GUCAGCUUCGUAUCUCCCACUUCCCUUUACUGGAGUCUGUUCGAGGCAGAGAGCAGUCAGGUCUGACAAAUCUCACUGGACGUGAAUGAAAUGUAACCUGUCCAAUCCCACAGAUGAGAACCAUGUCAGUGGGAAGCUGGGUCUGCUUGUUGGCUGCACUGUUGUCUCUAGCAUUUUCUGUGGCACACAACCACAGUGGGGAGACAGACAUCUACCAUGUGAGUGCUGGCCACCUCUUUUUGCUGAGGUGCCUCGAUGCUAAUGCUCACACCAACGUGACCUGGAGCAGAGCAGGGAAGCUCAACUUAAACCUGCCCACUGGAGUGGAAGUCAGGGAUGGGGUACUGUGGUUUCUGCCUGUACAGACUUCUCAUAAUGGAACCUACACCUGUGAGAAAAGGGAUGAGACUGGAUUAUCCAAGAUUACAUUUGAGAUGGUGGUGUCCACUGGAGAGUGUCCUGAUCCACCUGAGAACAAAACCAUUACCCAGGGAAUCAGUGGAGGUCUUCCUUGCAAACAGACAGAGAUCUUCAGGCUGAAUAACACAAGGAAAAUACGAUGGAUGAAGGACUGCCGCCCAGUGGAGCCCGUCUCUGUGGAUGAGAACGGCUACAUGAGGCUGCCCGCAGCCACCGAGAGGGACGCGGGGAAAUACACCUGCCUGGUAGACAUUAGCUUGGAUGGCAGGAAGUACACCGCUGCACGCAGCAUCCAGCUGACUAUUAACAGCGGUAUACACUCUACAGUUGUUAAAGAGCCGGAGCUGGUGUUCCCUCAACGGGAGGUGGUCGUGGUUAAAGUGGGUCAGAGUACAGAGCUGAAGUGCUUAGCCUACAUAGGCUUCAGUGAGGACAGUGACACUCUCAUGUACUGGACUGUUGACGGGACCUACACCGAGGACCACGAUGAACUCGAGGAAUCCUGGAAAUAUACUCACGACAAACAAAUGGUGUACGGUCUGUCCACUCUGUCCAUCUCUAAAGUUCUUCCUCAGUUCCUGAAUGUCCCUAUUCAUUGCUAUGUAAUGAGCUCUGCUGGAGCCAAAGUCGGCUUGGUGUUGCUUCAAGAAGCUGACUACAGUGUCCUCUACACCAGUGUUGCUCUCUGCCUCGCCGCCUCCUUGACUCUUCUGGGUCUGGCUGUGGCCUUCCUCUUCUUUAAAAUAGAUGUGGCAUUGGCCUACAGGAAACUGUUGAGGCAUUUUUCCAAACAAGCUCCAGAUGGGAAGCUCUAUGAUGGCUAUGUGAGCUUCGUCCAUACCGACACCCUGAGUUCAUCUGAGACAGUGCGCUUUGCACUGCAGCUCCUGCCUGGGGAGCUGGAGAAAAAACAUGGGUACUCCCUGUACAUCAGAGGACGGGACGACUGCCCCGGAGAAGCUGUACAUGAUGUCAUUGCUGCUGCUCUACGCCAGUGUCGCAGACUGAUAAUCAUACUGUCAACUGAGGGAAAUUCAUCCACUGAUGGCAGAACAGGGGAAGCAUCAACCUUAUGUAACGACCAAAACCGGCUCUGCUAUGAACAGAAAAUUGGCAUUUACGACGCUUUGACCCACAACAACCCCCGAGUGAUUCUUGUGGAAAUCGAUGGCCCGGUGGAUUACAGUCAACUGCCAGAGUCUCUUCAUUAUAUUAAGAGGAAACAAGGAGCUCUGAAGUGGAAGAAAGCCUCUCUUGGAACCCACAAACUCACCAAAUUGUGCUCAAACAGAAACUUCUGGAAGAAUCUGAGGUACCAAAUGCCCUCAGUGCCUGCAGGAAGACUCCAGACUAUUGUCUAAACAAAGCGAAAACCCCCAAGUUUUACAGAUGGGAUCCAGCAAAGAUGUUUUGUCUUGUCUGGCUGUCUGCCUUGCUCAUUAGCAGCCUGCACAAUGAAUUUCACAAUGUAUGCAGUCAGGUUGGAAAGACAUCUGCUGGAUUGUUUCUUGGUACAAAUCAGGAAUACUUUACAAAUACCUUUUUGCUCUCCAGAACAAAGAGGUUUAACACCAGGGUUACCAGUAUCAAAUAUAUUCAUUUAGAUUUUUUGCCUAUUCAUGCAUUGAUAUAUUUUUUAUAUUUCAGGCUGUUGUGGUUUGGUAAUUGCAGGAGUCACUAUUUGAUUUUAGCCUUUCUUUUAUCUUUUCUUCGCCACUAUCCUAUGAAAGUAACAAUAUGGUUCAGGGAAAGACAGAAAACUUUUCAAGAGCAGCUUACUCUCAGCUACGUCUUUAAUGCAUUCCAACAUUAAAACCUACAAUUACCGAUUUAACCUCGUUGCUGUUUUGAAGCUAUCCCUGACAAGUAUGUGACCUUUUGUUCUAUUAUUGAAGUCCUACUGACUGAGUGAAAUAUGUUGCUCAUGUGAGUGAUGAUUAAACAUACUUGAUCAUUAGGGUUGGGUAUUGUUUAGAUUGAAUUGGUUCUAAUUUCAAUUGAUUAUUGAUUCUGGAUUUUUAUCAAAUCCUUGCUUUGAUAUCUGGAAUAAGAUUUGAGUAGGAAAAUAAACCAAAACAUGCUAAAGGCAAAAACAGUUGUUUUUUAAAGAUUUAUGCUGCUAGAAAUAUUUGUGUCAUAACUGUUGGAAUGUAUUUUGUUAUUCUUUUUCCUCCAAAGCCAAAAUUAAUUUUCAUUACCACUGGUGAGAACUGGAAUAUUGAAAUUUGCCGGGGACAAGACAGUCAACAGAUUAGUUUUAGGGAGUCUGUUGCUGUAAUAACUGUAAUAAUUUAUGAUACUAAUGCAUAUUAACUCUAGUUUCUGGGAAAAGGAGGUUUGUGUCAGCCUGGUUGACUAAUCAAUCCAACUUGGAAUCCACCCUCUGUAGACUCCUAUGAGGCAUCUGGUGUGGGAAUCUACUGAGAUGCCCUCUGAUGGGAAAAUGCCCUGACAUGACAAAUGUCAUGCUGUGUUAUAUUUCAUGCCAGAGUGCAGUGUCUCCUCUCAUUUCUCCUCAAACACAAACAGACUGUAUGCAUCUUUUGCAUGAAGUUGACUCCAUGAAGAUUUCAGUUCUAGUUGAUUUAUCGACACUUGCAGUUACUGGUGGUAACUGCAAAUGUAGCUUAAAAGAUCACAGGCAUUAAAACAAACUAUUCUCGUUUUAAUAAAGAAGUCAGGAAAUAACUGGCUUCCAUCAUUCCGUGAGCAACCGUGAUCCGAUUUUACUCUGCACACGGCAUGAAUCUGUGAACAGCAGGACACAGUGAAAGGAGUUGGUGACUUGGCCGAGAAGUUGGACAUGUCAUCUUACUGCUCACUGUGGCUAAUCCUUCAUGUUCCUGUGAUAUUACAAAAAUGAUCCGCUGUCCAAAAAUGUAAAAAAAGAUUUUUUUAGAUGCAUUUUUGUUGAACAGUAGUGGUAAGUGCCAAGCUCACUUACAAACACAUUACAUUUCCUGUGAGUACUUCAUAACAGAAGUCAGCUCGUGUUUCACCAGUUAAAUGCGAAGCUGUAGCAGUUGGAAAUGUUCGGUUUGCACUAGCACUAACUUAAUACAGCAUUUUUUUUCUGGGAAUGUGAACACAGAUGUCCAGUUCGUAAUGUGAAUAGUUAUGGGGUGGAACCACUCCAUUUCUGCAUCAGUGAAUAGGCGUGUACACCACAGCUGCAGACUGUGUUUUGCAGAUUGAAGAUUUUAGGCUUUCAUUUCUGCCUCUGGUCUGUUUUGGUUCAGACCAUUAUAUUAAUGAGUUCUGUGACUUGUUUUAAUGGAAUGGUUCAACAUUUGGAUAAAUGCACUUAUUGGCUUUUUCUUUCAAAGCGCAAGAUGAGUAGAUUGAAACGAAUCUCAUGUCUCUGUGUUAAAUAUUGAAUAUUAAAUGGUUUUCCCUGAUUAGACGCUCUGUAAGAACUGUGUUGGCUUGUGGAGACAGUGUUUGACAUUUCCUUGCAAAUCAUUAUCUUCAACUUCAACUUUUUCAGAGAUCUAAUCAGUCAGGGUGCAAUGUCUG